CUUUUGUCCUCCUUCCUGUAAUUUUUGUUUAAAUAAUGCCGUUUAUUUCAGCAGAAAUAAUCCCAGGUAAGUGUGGAUGUGGUACAUAGAGGUUUCAGUUUCCACUAGGUUAGAGUAAACCCACACAAAUGUGAAAGCUUUGGUGUGUGUGCAUGCUUAAUUUGGAAGCGUUCUGGGGCCUCACGGCAGCUUACUACUAGUGGCCUUCACAGUGCUGUCAUCUUGGGUCCCACUCUGUAGUACCUUGGAAGUCACGGCCUAAGGUCUAAAUCAGUAUUUUUGUUUUAACGAAGCAACGCGAGCGUUCCCCAACUCCUAAAUCGUGGGUUAAGGACUGCACUUUGAAUCGCGUACCGGCCUUGCUCAUGCUCCUGGCGAUGCUGCUGGUGUGUGAGGGCUGAGAUCGUCUCCCAGUUGUGCUCAGCGUGAGGCGCUGCUGCUGGUGCUGGGUGACCCUGCCUGGGGAGCGUCCCCUGUCCCGGCGGGUGCCCCGCUGGCAGCGCACCCCGGGAGGGAACCCCGCCUCUAGUCCCUCUCGCCGGUGUCCGGGGGAGGCGGGGUGGGGGGCGUCCGCAACCCUUUCGCCGUGGCCGCGCCGCCCACAGCCGCGGCCGGUCGCCGCCCUGAGCCGUGUGCGCAGGCGCGGGCCGGCGCGCAUGCGCCCGCGCCCCGGAGGCGGCGCGGGCUGUUCGAAGCGGGAUGGCGGAGGCCGCGGUGCGUGGUGGCCACCGGCCCUUCCCCCGGGCCCGGCCGCUCUCGCCUCUCUCCCGUUUGCAGCUCGAGGAGGCACGGGGCACGGUCCCCCGGGGCGGUGAGGGCCGGCGGCGGGCGGGCGGCGGGACCGGCGGCUCUUCCUGCCGCCCGGCGACGGGCGGCGGCAGCAUAGCCGUGGGCAGCCCGGGCCCGCGGCGUGGCAGCCAUGCCCUGUAUUUCUCUUCCAGCAGCGAUGAUGAAUUCGAAAUGUUUUCAGCUAGAAUGAAAACUCCCAAAUCUGUUUCUAAAAAGGCAGAUGCAAGUUUGAAGGACUUAACUGAUGACUCGGGUGAUUUCUUCUUGGACUUUAAAGUGAGAGAGAGCACAACAAAGAAUGGACAAAAGGAUCUUCACACCCCAAAGAAGCUGAUGACUUCUGGAAAGAAAAACACUUGCUGCCAAGAAUUGCAGUAUCCAGAGGCUUCAAGUGAUGCUGAAGAUUCUGUCUUUGUAGAAAGUCCAUGGCAUGACUACCAAAAAGGGGAAGUGAAAGACUUGAAAGAGAGCUGGAUGUGCAUACUUCCACAAAAUCUGAAAGAGUCAAUUUCCAGAGGCAGUCCAGACUUGCUUGUUAGAAGGAAAGAAGGAAGCUGUGAAAAGAGUACAGAAAAUAAAGUGCCAACUGAGGCACUACGACAAAGUACAGAGGUAGAAUCGGAUAGCUCAGAUGACGAAUUUGAAUCGUUAAUAGAACGGAUAAGGAAACAAAGUAUACGCCGAAAACCAGUCUUAAGCACCAGUAAAACUGUCUACCAGACAAGCAUGACAGAAAACAUCAAGCCACCCUGUGAGGAUGCGAAGCCCUUGAAAGGGGAGGGAGUCAAGACACCAAGGCCAAACUCCACUUCACUUCAGGAAACACCUUCCAGGAUAAUGACUUCUAUAAGAAUUCCUAGGGAUGAGUUGGUCAGUUGCUCACAGUCAUCAAAGACAGAGAAAAAGCUCAGAGUGUGCUCAGUGCCUGGCUGUUUCUUGCAAGAUCUCUCAAAUCCGGCUUCCCACUAUGUGAAAUAUUUCAAGAAAAAUAAAGAGGAGCUGGCACAGAAGCUCUAUUGUCUGUAUAAUAGUACCAUCUUUGAGCACAAGCUACCAGAAAAAAUGGUAAUAAUCUGGAAUAAGAAAAUGAGAAAAACAGCAGGAUAUUGUGUAACUGGGCAGACAGACGGUCCUGACGCAAAGCGUUAUGCUCGCAUAGAGCUUUCUGAGAAAGUCUGUGACUCUGCAGUCUGCCUUUUGCCUGUGAACAUGAGUGAUUUGCCCCUCCCUGUCUUGUCUCGAAUCCCAAGCCUGGCUUGUUUUCACCUUCUUACCACUGGGGGGAAAGAUCGUCUUCGGGACACACUGGUUCAUGAAGCUUGCCAUGCAGCCACAUGGCUGAUCAAUGGUGUUCGUGAUGGACAUGGACGAUUCUGGAGAUUCUAUGCUAAUAAAUCAGCUGUGAUUCAUCCGGAACUGCCAGUAGUAACACGAUGCCACAGCUAUGAGAUUAAUUACAAAUUCAUCUAUGAGUGUGUUCUGUGCAAUGCUACGGUCGGACGUCAUUCCAAGUCUCUGGACACAGAGCGCUUCAUGUGUGCAUUCUGUGGGGGGCAGCUGGUCCUGAGUCAGCCCACUCGGAAGAGUAGCGCUCCUCCUAGGACACACCCAAUGCCAUCUGCAAAGUAUGUGGAAGAAAACUAUGGACUUACUAAAAGAGAGCAGCAUGGGCUGAGUCAUGCCAAAGUCAUGCAGAAACUCAGUGCUGAUUUUGCUUUAAAAACUAAGCUUCAAGAUUCCUUGUAAUAUCUCAAUGCGCUUCCUUUCUUGAUGCCACUUAAAUUUUGUAUGUAGUAGUAAAUGAGUCUAACAUGAGUCUAAAAAUGUGUUUUGGAGGAUUCCAGAUAAUUUUAAUAUUUUAGAAUUAAAUAUUUCUAAUAAAGAAGACCUUAAGGCCUUUUUUAAAAUGGGCAAGAGUGAGCAAGAAGUAAUGAUGACAGACAGUCCAUGGUGAUGCACAACUCGGGGUAUCCUAUGAGCCAAACUUCUCUGAUUCUGUCCGGAUGAAUUUCAGGCAGGAGAAGGGGCAGACCUGGGGAAGGUUUCAACAUGGGGUCAGGCAUUUUCCCACAGAGAGAUUCUUGAGUCAUCCUUUGCUGUUUCUGUUAAAAGUAAGUGGUAGGUGGAUGAUGCCUCAAAUCUGUUAGAGGAAGCAUGAGUUUCUGCAAAGCCCGCUGGUCCUUAGUGAGAUCAAAGCUCUUUCUGAUUAAAUUUUUGUUGCAGUUUUUCCUCUAUCACUGAGAUUUCAUAGAAGCUAAAAUAGAUGCAAAAUGCCAGGUUGGGGAAAGCAUAUUCAAACACUUUGUACCAUAGGAUGAGACGGUCUAGUCAGAUGAUGCAAGUCUUUCAUGUACAACAUGACUUAAUGUCUGUUCUAGUGUUUGUCUGCUGUGAAUAAAUUGCUCAGGGGAUUAGUAA